ACCACUGCAACGUAUUGUUAUAUCUAUAGUCUUUGGCUCGGAAAGAAUUGAAACCGAAAUACGACACCGCCUGUUUCUUCAGCCGGCAAAACGUGGUGCUCGGCGGCUUAGCAGGAAAAGAUACGAUCUUCUAGCGCUUUCUAGAAGGACAACCAACUACAUGUAGUUAUUAGUUCACAGACUGGUUGUUGUGGGUUUAAAUACACAGCUGCUAACCUCAACCGGACGGAGUUGGGUUAUUACGGAAGUCCUUCCUUUACCGUUUACUGUAUUGUUAGUUGCUGGUGUUCACUUUGUUUGUAACUUACUCUUUAAGGUUUAAUUAACAGUAUCAUCAUGCCUCAUAAGCGGCGCUCGCAGUCGUGGACGGAGCUGAAACAAGCCGGUAACGAGCGUUUCAAAGCCGGUCAAUACGGAGAAGCCGUGGCCCUCUAUACACAGUCCAUCGAGCUGAUGGAGAAGUCUGGUAAGAAGAACAAGGAGGAUCUUGGGAUUUUGUAUUCAAAUAGGGCAGCCAGCUACCUGAAAAAUGGAAAUUGUAACGAAUGCAUUAAAGACUGUUCAAAGUCUCUGGACUUGGUUCCCUUCGGAUUUAAAGCUCUUCUUCGCCGGGCAUCAGCGUAUGAGGCUGUGGAGAGAUACAGGCUGGCCUAUGUGGACUACAAAACUGUUUUACAGAUAGAAUGGAAUAUACCAGCUGCUCACGAUGGUGUCAACAGAAUGACCAAAGUUUUGACGGAUAUUGAUGGACCGUCUUGGCGAGAGAAGCUGCCUCCCAUCCCCACUGUUCCCAUGUCAGUUAAAGAAAGUCUGGUGCAGGCCGCAAACUCCGCCCCCACCUCGCCACAGAACGGGCUGAAUGACAACAAGCAGAAAGGACCAGGACCUGAAGCUGUUAAAAAGGCCAAAGUUCUAAAGGAGGAAGGCAAUGCACUGGUAAAGAAAGGAGAACACAAGAAAGCGAUAGAGAAAUAUACCCAGUCUCUCAGUCAGGACCCCACAGAAGUCACAACCUACACAAACAGGGCUCUCUGAUAUCUGGUUUUAAAAAUGCUUAAAGAUGCAAUUAGUGAUUGCAGUGAGGCUCUUCGGUUGGAUUCUGGCAACAUCAAGGCACUUUACCGGCGUGCACAGGCGUAUAAAGAACUCAAAAACAAGAACUCUUGUUUGGAAGAUCUCAAUAGUUUGCUCAAAGUAGAAACGAACAACAUGGCUGCACAGAGGCUACUGGAGGAAGUACAGAAGAUGAAAUAACUUGUGUAGUUCUUGUGGACAUUUAAACCUUUCAAUUGAGUUUAUUUGCCUUUUAAAAGAUUUACAACAGAGGUCUGUUUUUGAUGCCGGAUUCUAAAAUAACUACUGGAUUUUUGUCUAUAGAAUUUGUGUUCAAGUCAACAGUGUGACCACCCAAAUUCAUGAGUCCACAUUAUAAAACUACACCCUGUGUUCAUAUGGUUAAUGUUGCUCUAGUUUUGUAUAAUUUGUCCAUUUAAUCAGUGUUAAUUUAGCGGGUUUUAUUUCUAGUAUCUUAUGCGCCUAUUGAACUCAAUGGCUUAGAAAGGUAUUCUGAAAUAUACAUUUUACUUUUAAAAGUCAUAAUAAUUUUAUUUACAGUCAUAAUUAGUUUUAAUGUUGGAAAUAAUGUUCUUUCUCAAUCAGCACUGAUAAACAAUAGAUUCAAGUACAUUUUUUAUUUCUACAAGUUCAUAGUUACCAUUUAUUAAAUGCUUUAUACUAUUAUGGGUUCUAGGGCUACGGUGCAUGUUCUGAAACAACAUUAAAACAUUUGUUUACCUUAAGUAAAUAAAAGAUCUGUAUAUUUGUGUUCAGUAAAAGCAUGUGCAGCUGCAUUGCAAUCUGGGUUUAUGACUCAGAAGCACUAAAUUUCAAUGUAAAUUUGUAAAAACCUAAAACCUGUAUGUAUUACUGUUUUGUGUGGGCAAAAUUUCAUAUGCCGUUGUGUCAAAGCAUUGUACCUGGGUGUUCUAUGUUUUAUAUAGAGAAAGUGGUGUAAGCAUUUAAUAAAGAAUUUUUUUUGGAAA